CUACUGAGACAGAAUAGCAGUUAAUUACGUUUUUCACAAGUAGAGCUUGAAAAUAUCCGGAAAACUGUCAAAAUUGUCAAAAGAUUGACCUUUUCUGGUUUCAAGCUGGCUUUCUGUAUAGACAACAGAUAUCUAUCGAGUGAAGAGUCCCAGUUUGUUGAUCUUGUUACGGCUGACUUGGAGGAAUUUCAGGCACAGUUCUUGGAUGAAGUUGUGUUGUUAUUUCCACCAGUAAACAGUUAUUUAAGAUUGUUGAUCCACAAAACAGUAGAAGAUUUUCCUGAUCUUCAUAGUUUCUCUGUAGGAGAGGGUGAACAGAGGCAGACUGUCGUCUGCUGGGCUCGAUCUCUGAUUAACGGGGACCAAGACACCAGUUUUGCUCCAGAUUACCUCCGGCCCCAGGGGAUGAGGGGUCGGGGAAGAGCCAGGUUCAAGGAUCGCAACAGUCCCAGCCCAGGUCCAGGAAACAGAUAUGCUUCUGGAGAUGAUGUAGACAGAUGGAGUCAUGACAGAUACAGUUCUGAGCCAGGUUCCAACAGGCAGGCUUCACCUUAUGAUGAUAGAGAGGCUAUGCAGGGAACCAGACAGCAGAGGUCAAGGUUACCAUGCCAACAGAGCAGUGAUAGAAGUAGCCCUGUUAUCAGGCAGGUGAAGAAUGAAGAACAAAGAACAAGUUCACCAGCUGGUGGAGAAUGUGAUUCUUCAAGCAGAGUAAGGAAGUCUGAAAGGUCAAAGAAUCGUCGUCCAGAUGUCCAGGUGUAUGUUCCACGAGCACGGCGCCAGCAGCCUGGUCAGAAUACAUCUGAAAACCAAGCAUCCCCAGACAGACCAGAUGUUACACCUAAAGUGACUCCAGUAAGACAGAGAAAGAAAGAAGUAGAGCAUUAUGUUCCAAGAGGGAGACGAGAACAGCAGAAUAGAGAGAGAGAUUCUGCAUUUCAACAAGUCACAAAUUCAUCCACUAUAGAGGUGCCACAUACAAACAGCAUGAAUACAGGUCCUGCUAAAAACAUACAUAAGAAGAUCAAAGUUACUGACAAUGUUCCUGAUGAAAGAUAUCAGACAGACAUAAAGUCUGUCUCAAUUUCUGAGCAAUCUGUUUAUAAGAAUGAAGAAAGAUGUGCUGAAAACAAAUUCUGUGAUAAUGAAGAUGUUGUACAAAGAUCUAAUUCAAGUAAGACUGACAUGGAAAGCUCAAAAUAUGACGUACUUGACAACAGCAAAAAUGUACCAACACAUACCUCAAUAUAUGAACCUGCUGCAAUAGGUACUAGUAAAUGUAAAAAGCUAGAUGCUAAUAAUGAAGAAGUUAUUGUUGAAAACACUCAACAUUUACCAGAAUUAAGUACAGAACAGAAAUUUGAUAAGGUGACAGAUACUGAUCUAGAAGAUGUAACAAGUUUAAGAAGUGCUUCAGCUGAUCUCACAUUACAUCACACCAUCGGCACCACAAAUGUUUCCUCAAAAGAAAGUGCUUUAGACAAACUGCCAGAAUCUCAGGAAGAUCAUUCUGCAUCACAUAAACACUGCGGGGAGCAAACUGCUAGUAAAAAUAAUGUCAAUUGCAAUAAUAAGACAACUGUACAAGAAUCACAAAUUUUAUCAGAUGACUUCAAUGACAAAAUAGAAGUUCCUGAAAGUACUUCAGAUAUUAUAGGAUACAAUGUUAGUAAAAUGUCUAGUCUAGAUGGUGCAGGAGAAAUGGAAUUGUCUUGUGAAAUUGAGAAUAUGAAAGAUGACCAGGAUGGAAAUUAUUCACAUGGUGAUGAAUUGACUAAUUUGGAGUCAGAAGAUUUUGCCAAGUGUUCAAAUGAUAGUACUACCUUACCAGAGGAGACUGACCAAGCACAGAAAGUUACAAGUCAGACAGAAAAAUACAGUGAAGUAACAUCUAAUGCAGAUAAUCCUGAAUUGAAUAGUACUUCAUUAGUGAAAUCAUCAGAAAAUGUUACAAAGUCUUUAACUGCUGACAAUGUAUUGGAUGUUCAAGCGGAGUCUAAUUUUAAUGAUACCUCUGAAACAUCAAGUGAAGAUAAAGCUACUACUGAAAUAGCACCUGGGGUUUUGCCAGAUUCUAACGAAACAAAUGCAAAAAGCAACUGUGAUCAAACUAAUGAAGAGAGUGAAAUUCUCAGAGAUCAAACUGACAUCAUUGAAAAUUCUAUGGAUACAGAAGCAAUGGAUACCAGACAAUCCUGUGGUGGACAGGAAUCUGGUGAUUUUGAAGACAAAGAUAUAUCUGAAAACAAGGUGGAACAGUCAGCACAUACACACAGCAGUAAGUCAGUACAGGAGGCAGUGAGGGAGGAUGCUGAGUCUGAAAAUGUUACUAUUUAUAACAACAAAUCAGAAGGAAUGGAAGCCAAAACUUCUGACCAAUCGGAAACUGUUAAUAUAGACAGCAGCCAAUCAAAGGAGGAGGAAGAAGAUGAAGAUUCUUGGGAUAAAAUGUUUGAUGAUGAUGGUGAAUGUUUGGACCCAACAGCAAUGGAGGAGUUAACAAAGACAGUGGGCAAAGUGAAGAUACAGAAGUCAAAGAAGAUAAACUACCUCGAUUAUCAGCCCAAAGACAAAUCAAAUUUUGACUUUACUCAAUAUGAACAUAUCAUUGAGAUUUAUGACUUUCCAGUUGAAUUUGUCACCAGAGAUUUAAUCAUAGCAUUCCAGAGCUUCAUGUCACGAGGAUUUGAUCUCAAGUGGGUAGAUGACACACAUGCCCUUGGAAUAUUUAGUAGUGCAAUAGCAGCUAAAGAUGCUUUACAGCUUGUGCAUCCAUUGUUGAAAGUGUGUCCUCUCUCACAGGCCUCGAAACAGUCACAGAAUAAAGCCAAGAGGUGCACAGAAUUCUUACAACCAUACAAGCCUCGACCAGAGACAUCGGCUAUGGCCGCCAGGCGUCUAGUAGCUGGAGCUUUAGGUAUAGCUACAGGAGUGUCCAGGGAAAAACGGGAAAUGGAGAGAAAGCAACUUAAAGAAGCCAAAGCAAAGAAGCGUCAGGAGAGGCAGAAUCGGGAAAAUAUUUGGGAGUAUGGAAAAUGUGCCAUGGAUGAGGAGUCCUAGCAAUAUCUUAACAGUCUUGCUUUUUAAAUUCCAUCAAAACAGAUCAGCGGACCAAUCUGUAAAACUAGAAAAUUACUGUACCAGUCAGGAGAUAAAGCUUGAGAAUGACACGGAAUCCGUAUUUUGGAGUUGGAGAUGUUUUAUAUCUGUGGGGCAUGACUUCAAAUCAUUUACGGGGAGUCUGAGCCCUGCUUGAUUGGUCAUAUGAGGAAUAAAGUUUUUAAGAUUCUUUGGAAACAAAGAAUGCAACCAAGCAAGUUAAUUGCAGACUCUUUUUGAUGCGUGUAUUUGUUAGAGUGAAACAUUUCUAGUAGGCAGAAAUAACAGAUAACCAAAUAAACAUGGACUUGCAGGGAGCUGAUGGAGCUUUGCUUACAAAUAGAAAAACCUUAUAAACACUUAUGAAAGAAGAGGUGGUUUACUUGAACUGCUGUAAAAUCUUUUUUUGUGGUUUUGGCAAAAACAAGAAUUUCAUGGAGACGUGAAUUUUUUUAUUUCAUAGGUAGAACAAAUAGAACAUAUUCUUAUUUGUCGGGAUUUAAUUUCGUGGGUUGGCGCAACCACGAAAAUUAGUCCCAAAAUUAAUGAUUUCACAGUACACUUUCUUGAAUUUUAAGAUGAAUAUUUUGUAAUGGGAUGGUUGCAAGUAACAAUUUUUCUUGCACACUAGACAGUAUGUUCCCCAUGUUUCUGCCAGUGCUGGAAAAACGGGUCUUACACCGUGCUGUAAUUUAUGAAUGAUUUCAUAAAUUCAUAGGCUACUAUAUAAUGAAAUAGUGCUUUAAAGUACUUUGUUUCUUCUAUUAAGUGAAGAAUAUGGCAUGCAAGAAAAAGAAUCUAUCAGUAGUUGAAGGUGAAGAUGGAAAUAUCCAACUCGGGGUAAUUGUUUUGUGGUAACUUGGCAGAGCCUCGUGUAGAGCAGAAAUAUUUAUUUCUCAUAUAAAUGGAUCAACUACCUGUCUUUCAAACAUUUUGUCAUUGUAUUUUCCAUGUUAAUCAAAUUUUGUUAAUUUGAUUGUGAUUUUCAACAGUAUUUCGGCUAUGUAAAUUUUAAUCUUUUGGUGUUCAUGGAGGACGAGCUGGAGGAUGAACAAGAGCUCAUUUUCUUAUGUAAAAUUUGUCACAGAGAACAUACGCCACACUAGGGGAUCAAGUUUGAGACUUGUGAAUUCUUCAGUCUUUUGCUCUUCUUUCUUGGAACUAAUUGGGUUGGCUGAUGGAAAAUAUAUGGUUAAAAAUUAGUCUCUAGAUAGGACAUAAUGACCUAUUCAAGAACUGAAGAAAGGAACUCUGUAAAAUUGAUAUUUGCUAAUGAUGUGAAAAUGACAGACAUGCAAAACUGAAACAAGAGCACUGCCUUGCCUUCUGAUUUUUUUGUAUCUGUAUAAUAGAAAUAUUGUCCUACUCAUGAUUUUCUAAGUCCAAAAAAGGCCAUAAUUCUUGCAAAAAGCAGGAUUGAGUUAUGUUUUUUGCUGUACAAAGUCAGCUUAUGAUAGUGAACAAAUGUUGCAAGUUUCAAAGCAAUAGCUUUGAUAGUUUAGGAGAAAAGUUUACCUAAAUAUAAAACUUAACCAAUAAAUCCAAUAUUUUCAAAGUCCAAAAGGGGCCAUAAUUCUUGCAAAAAGCAGGCUGGAGUUAUGUUGAUUGCUGUACAGGGUCAGCUUAUGAUGGUGAACAAGUGUUGCAAGUUUCAAAGCAAUACCUUUGAUAGUUUAGGAGAAAAGCUGACCUAAACAUAAAACUUAAACCAGGCAACACAGAUGCCAACGCUGAUCAAGUGAUGACAAUAACUCAUUUUUUUUCUUCAAAAAAAUCAGAUGAGCUAAAAAGAAAUGUUUAGUUUGUUGGUUUAGUUUAUGAACCUAUCCAGUUUUGUUAAAUUGGAAAGGAUUACUUGAAAGUCUUGUAGUGUGACUGUAAAUUUCAGUACGACUACUGGUAAACGUGUAAGCAACAGAAAAAGGUUGCCAUUAUCUGCAUUCAAUACAUUUGUAUUACGAAUCUGCUGCUGCUAUUUAUUGUUGUUUGAAGGAAAUAUUAAUGUGCUACGUUUAAUUAUAUUAUGUUUAAUGUUAAUAGAUAAUAAAACGUGAUGUUUAAUUUGGGAAAAAAAUGUGCCCUCAAUAAAAUACUUAUGAAGAUUAAA